UAAAUACCUAGAUAUUUUUUAAAAAUCUCUCAAGUACAUAGGUACUAUAAUAUUGUACUAAAACUUUAAUUUAACGGUUAGAUGUUUAAAUUGCGGUAUAUGUUACCUUUUAAUAUUUGUUUAAAAUGUGGAACAUCAAAAAGCUUAGUAUAUUUAAAUUUGACCUCAAAUAAAAACACAUUUGCUGUCGAAGACAAAGUACACAAAUUGGAAAAUUCUACUUGCAAGUACCAUCAUGAUGCAUUAGAUGCAUUUACUAACAGUCUUGUUUUGGAAAAUAUGAUGAAAUGGAAAUCAGAAAAUUAUGUCUGCACAAACCAUAAAUUAUCAAAAAUUAAAUCACGUUCUAUAUUUGAACUCUGUGAUGAUCCAGACUAUCUGACUACAUAUCUACAGCAAUGCCUUGAUGGUUAUUCCCAAGUCACUGUAAGUGCAUUAAAUCAAUUCAGGUUUACAAUGGCCAGACGUGGAAAAAUUAAUGGCUUAAUAUUAAUUGAUAGACUCAACAAAAAGUAUGGUAAUUGUAUUGAGGAAUCUGAAUUACAAAUGAAUUUUGCUGAAGCAUAUUGGACAAAUGGUGAUUUGUAUAGCAUGUUUAAAAUUUUUGAAUCAUUCUACUCUAUAGAGUCUGCAAAAGUUAAUUAUAUAUUAGAACCUAUUAUUCAUACUAUAGUCACAUCACACGGCGCUGCAUCAGUAGUUAUGGUUUCAAAAUUUGUCAACUUGAUAGUUAUCAAAUUUGGAGAUUAUCAUCCAAUGUCCAUCCUGUGGAAGUAUUUAUUUUUAAGUGAAUUAUUUAAUGACAAUCUAGAAGCUGAAAAGUUAUUAGAACAAAAUACUAAUUUAAUAGAAAAUAUCCAAUACCUUUCACUAGCUCUUACAAGAAAGUUAUUAAAAACACAUAAAAUUAAUUAUGUUCAAAAAAUAUUGAUAGUUCUGUUAAAGCAUAAACGAAUGGAACCUUAUCAAUGGAAUUUAAGUUAUCUAUUUGAGUAUUAUUACACAUUAGGAAAUGUUAGCCAAUGCAAAGAAAUUAUGAAACACUCCAUUGAAUUCAAUGUACCAUUAACAGAAGCACAGCAAUCACGUUUAAUUAAUUUGGUGUUCAACAACAAACAUCAACAAAAAAUCAACAAGGAAGUGACUGCGACUAUAUUUAAACUUAUGUUUUAAAUUAGUUUAAUAUUUGUCAAUACAAUUUUUUUUCAAAACCAAA